CAAGAAAAACCUUCUCCGGGCGUUUCAAAAUGCAAUCAUCCAUGCUGCCUUACCUGUCCAUUUUUAAAACAAGGCCAAAUCAACUACUCCUUCACCUCCACCGAAGAGAAACGAUAUAUACAUGACCCCUUAAACUGUAAAUCCAAAAACCUGUUAGUUAUCUAUCUCACUGAAUGCAAAAAAUGCCGCAAACAGUACCUUGGGGAGAUCAAGCGCCAUCUCGACCAACACUUUGGGGAGCAUCGCCGCUCCCUCCUCAACUCAGAUGGCCACUUUCCUAAUCCUACUCCUGUCUCCGAACAUUUUAAUCAAGCCGAUCACUCUAUCCACGACGUUCUUCUUAUUCCCUUAGAACUAAUCCGUAGCAGCCAUGACUCUGUCAGAAAGGCACGCGAGGCUCACCUCAUUGACAAAGCUAUGACUUUAGACUGA